AUAAAUGCACCUAAAAUACUGUAUCAUAUUGUAAGCCAAGCACAACAGCCGUUAGUCCAUUGACACCAUUUUUUUUACACAAAGACGGAAAUAUGUGGUAGAAUGCGCGAUCUACUGUGUGUGACUGUGUAAUUGUGAGAAAUUUAGUACAAUUAUUUAUAUAUAAAUUUUAGAGAGAGGUUUAGCUGAAAAGAUAUCAAGAUGUUCAGUAGAUAUUAUAGACAGCGGAUGUCACCAAAGCAUCAGGAGUCACAGCAUUUACUGUUCUCAGUCUUCACAGCAAAUGAUAUAAGGAAUUUAAGCGUAACAAAGAUAAGAACACCAUUAUCUUUUAACAUUCUUGGACAUCCAUUGAAAGGUGGAUUGUAUGAUCCAUCCUUAGGUCCGAUGAAAAAUAGUUUAGAAGUUUGCAGCACAUGUGGAAAUAAUGAUCACAAGUGUCCAGGUCAUUUUGGACACAUAGAACUACCAGUGCCUGUUGUCAAUCCAUUAUUUCACAAGGGCCUGUCUACGUUACUCAAAUUGUCAUGCUUAAAAUGUUUCACUUUUCAAGUACCAUCGUACGUCAAGCUGUUAUUGUCCGCAAAAUUAAAAUUGCUUUAUCAAGGAAGACUCAGUGAUCUUGAUAAUUUAAAUCAAGAAGUGACAUCUGCAGUAUCAAAUGCUCAGGAUGCAGAAGGACAAACAGAGUAUGUUCGUGAAAUAAUUGACACUUACAUGCAAAACUUCUUUAACAGGGGCAGAUUCAGGACUACGCCUCAGGAUUGUGAGGAUCAAAACAACAUAAAGAGCAUCAUUGUGCAAUGGCAUAUGUAUGUUGAAAGCAUACUUAAACAAUAUGUCAGAAGCAACAAAACGGGAAUAUGUAUGGCUUGUGAUGAGGCUCUACCGAAAAUUUCAACACUGCAAAAUAAAAUAAUGAUAAACAACAAAGAGUCUCCGAAAGAAAUGCUGUCUCGUGAAGUGGCGCAUAAAUUGGAGACAGUAAUGAUUAUGCCUGAUCAGUCCAAGGAAUAUCUGCGAGAAUUGUGGAAAAAUGAGAAGGAUUUCCUUAAGCUAAUUGUACCCUGCUUAGAUUUAGUAGACAUUGAAUAUCCUACUGAUGUAUUCUUCUUUGAAGUGAUACCCGUGCUACCGCCAAUCGUGCGACCAGUAAACUUUGCUAAAGGUCAAAUGAUCGAGCAUCCUCAAACGCACGUCUACAAGAGCAUCAUACAAGACUGCCUUGUCCUGAAAAAUGUUAUACAAACGAUUCAGGACGGAGGCACCGAUCACUUGCCUCAAGAGGGUCGACUUGUCUUUGAACAAAUAAAAGGACUUACAGCGAUGGAAAAGCUGCAUAACGCUUGGCAAGCAUUGCAGACCAAUGUGGAUCAUCUGAUGGAUCGCGACAUGAAUAAGACCUCGGAAUCUAUGAAUUGUCAGGGCUUGAAGCAAAUUCUCGAGAAGAAAGAAGGUAUCAUCAGAAUGCACAUGAUGGGCAAAAGAGUGAACUUUGCCGCACGUUCGGUUAUUACGCCUGAUCCUGACUUGAACAUCGAUGAAAUUGGCAUCCCCGAAGCUUUCGCUCGCAAAUUAACGUAUCCUACACCUGUGACACCGUGGAACGUCGUUGAAUUGCGACGAUUAGUUACAAACGGACCCAAUGUUCAUCCCGGCGCGGUUCUGGUGGAAAAUGAAGACGGAACGGUGCAAGCGAUUAGUAGUGACAAUUUUACGAAGAGAGAAGCUAUUGCGAAACGUCUUUUAGCGGCAAGCGACAGGACCAGCGACUCUUUCGUCGGCAUUAAAGUGGUACAUCGACAUCUUCAAAACGGCGACAUACUGCUGUUGAACAGGCAACCGACAUUGCACAAACCGAGUAUAAUGGCUCAUAAAGCACGUGUUCUCAAGAGAGAAAAAACGUUGCAUCUCCAUUACGCGAACUGCAAAGCUUACAAUGCCGAUUUUGACGGCGACGAAAUGAAUUUGCACGCGCCACAAAACGAAUUAGCCAGAAGUGAAAGUUAUAACAUCGCUAAUGUAUCCAAUCAGUAUCUCGUUCCGAAGGAUGGAACUCCUUUAAGUGGCCUUAUACAGGAUUACAUGGUGUCCGGAGUGCGAUUAACGAUCAGGGGUAAAUUCUUUUCAAGAGCGCAUUAUACGCGAUUGGUUUACGCCGCACUGCCGAUAGUGCAAGAGGAUAUAAUUCUACUACCACCGACCAUUAUCAAGCCGAAACAGCUGUGGUCCGGCAAACAAGUUCUGUCAACGGUUAUCAUCAAUAUAAUUCCCUCGCAUGUAGCACGAAUUAAUUUAAUUUCCAGCACGAAGAUCAGCGCGAAGGAGUGGCAAGUGGAGACACCACGGCGUUGGAAGUGUGGAACGGAAUUCCAAAAUCCGGUUACUAUGUCGGAAGCCGAAGUUAUAAUACGACACGGAGAGCUGCUGUGCGGAGUGCUGGAUAAAACGCACUACGGCGCGACUCCUUACGGUCUAAUUCAUUGUAUUUUCGAGUUAUACGGCAGCACGCACGCCACCAAUAUGUUAAGCGCAUUCGGCAAACUGUUCCAGGCGUUUCUGCAGUCUGACGGAUUCACUCUCGGCGUCGAAGAUAUUCUAAUAACCGGCAAAGUCGACGAGAAGCGCAAAGAGAUUAUUUCUAAUUGUAGGAAAAUCGGAGAAAAUAUACAAAAGACUAUCGUAAAGGUGGGGGACGAUGCAUCCGUGAAUGAAAUUAAGGAUAAAAUAGAGGAAUCUUUACGGAGCAACCCAAAAUUUCGCGCGCAGCUCGAUCACAAGUACAAGAGCACGCUGGACGUUUUUACGAACGACAUCAACAAAACGUGUCUGUUGACAGGACUCUUCAAAAAGUUUCCAGAUAACAACUUGCAGCUUAUGGUGCAAUCCGGCGCGAAAGGAUCCACGGUUAACACUAUGCAGAUAUCGUGUCUGCUCGGACAGAGCGAAUUGGAAGGUAAAAGACCGCCGUUGAUGAUUAGUGGAAAAAGCUUAUCAAGCUUCCCAGCGUACGAUCCGUCACCCAGAGCAGGCGGUUUCAUCGACGGCAGAUUUAUGACCGGCAUCAAGCCACAGGAAUGCUUUUUCCAUUGCAUGGCAGGGCGUGAAGGUCUUAUCGAUACUGCGGUGAAAACCAGUCGAUCUGGUUACUUGCAAAGAUGUCUCGUGAAGCAUCUGGAAGGUUUAGUUAUCAAUUACGAUUCGACAGUCAGAGAUUCUGACGGCAGCUUGAUUCAAUUUUAUUACGGAGAGGACGGCCUCGACAUACCCAACUCGCGUUUCUUAAAAAAGGAGCAGAUGACGUUCUUAGUUGACAACAAAGACGCCAUUAUGGAUGAAAAGUUGUUGGAAUUUUUGAAAACAGAUAAUAAAGACAUCAUAAAAGUAACGAAGAAGAUCAAAAAGUGGGAAAGUAAAAAUAAUUCCUCCUUGAAAAAAAGGAGGAGCAGUGGGUUCAGCAUAUACUCCGCGGAGAAUGCUAGUCAGAACACUAGUGCAAAGAGAAGAAGCAUCGAUAACCACAGUGGAAGAAGCAAGGCAGCGCUAUCGCUUAUGAAAAAGUGGAUAAAAGAGAAGGAGGAAGUGAAAGAGGCGUUUCGAGCACAAUGCACCAGAUGUCCCGAUCCGAUAAUGUCCAAGUACAGACAAGAUAUUGAAUUCGGCGUACUGUCGGAACGAAUAGAAAGCUUAAUGGAUGAAUACCUUUCCCAUUCGUCGAGAAUAAAAAAAUCCACCUUAAGAGAUUUAUUAUCCAUAAAAGUCAUGAAGACUAUUUGUCCACCUGGUGAACCGGUUGGUCUUUUAGCAGCGCAAUCUAUAGGUGAACCGUCCACUCAAAUGACUUUGAACACGUUCCAUUUUGCCGGACGUGGUGAGAUGAACGUGACGCUGGGUAUUCCUAGAUUACGCGAGAUCCUGAUGUUGGCAUCGAGGAAUAUGAAGACUCCAAGCAUGGAAAUACCCUUCCACAACGGCCUGGAGAAUCUCGAAAAGCAAGCAAAGAAGCUGAAAGUAAAAUUGACGAAAUGUGUCUUGCACGACGUGUUGAAAAAUAUUUCGAUAAGUAGGAAAAUGGAAGAAGGUGCACACAGGAAAUUAGUGCACACUCUAACGAUCGAAUAUCUUCCUCAUAAAUAUUAUAAAGGAGAGUUUUCCGUUCGAUCGCAGGAUGUGAUCAAAUGUACGGAAAAAAUCUUUUUCAAUAAUAUAUUUAAACAGAUUCGAAAACUUGCGAAAGCGAGCAAACUUUUAUUGCAUUUCGAAGGGGAGAAAAAACGAUCAAACGAUGACGACAUUGCGUUGGAUCAAGCCGAUCCUGAUGAAUCAGUAGUGGAAAGUACCGCAAAAAGAUCGCGAAUGGAUUUAGGUGAGAUGCAUGAAUCAUCUGAUGAGGAAGACGCUGCGGAAGAUGCUGAUGCAACAAUGACGAAAUCACUAUCACGUCAUCAAGAGAAUCAAGAGUACGAAGAUCCGGAAGAAGAUGUGACUGAGAUUAUGAUUAAAGAAGAAGAAGAAGAAGCGGAUAGUAAUAAUAAUGCAAAUGGAAUCUUAAAGAACAAGGAAAAUGAUGAAGACGAUGACGACGACGACGAUAAUGAUAGAAGGAAGAAAUUAAAUAACAAAAAAAAUAAAUUUACUAGUGGAAAGGAGUUUGUCUUAAAUGCGUACGAAUAUGCCACGCAUUAUGAAUACGAUGAGAAAAAAUUUUCAUGGUGUAAAUUUACAUUCUGGUUACCACUUAAAAUGAUCAAAUUAGAUUUGCCAACAAUAAUCAGAAAUGCAGCGAAGGAUACUGUUUUAUGGGAGACACCGCGUAUCAAGAAAGCCUUCACUUUCCAAAACAGCAAAGAUGAAACAAUUCUUAAAACAGAUGGUUUAAACAUAGUGGAAAUGUUUAAGUAUGAUAACAUACUUAAUUUAAACAAAUUAUAUUCCAAUGACAUUUAUAAUAUCUCUGAAACAUAUGGAAUUGAAGCUGCAAACAGAGUCAUUAUAAGAGAAGUUAAAGAUGUUUUUAAAAUGUACGGCAUUACCGUCGAUUCUAGACAUUUAUCCUUAAUCGCGGAUUACAUGACGUUUGAUGGUAUAUUCCAACCACUCAGUAGAAAAGGAAUGGAGAAUUCUGCCUCGCCAUUACAGCAAAUAAGCUUCGAAAGUUCGCUAACUUUUUUGAAAAAUGCGACAUUGCAAGGAAAAAAGGACGAUAUAUUAUCACCCUCCAGUAGGCUGAUGUUAGGACAACCGUGCAAAUCUGGUACUGGAGCAUUCUCUCUAUUGCCAUCGUUGCCAUUGAAUAAUGUGUAAAAGAAAUCAAAUUCCAGCAUACUAUUUGUACAUAUAAUUGUAUUUUGUAUAUUAUAUGUAUAUAUUUAUAAGUUG